GACCGGCAGCCCAAGGAAUACGGAAGUGCCUUCUAACCGUGUCUCCUUUUUCCGGUCUGUGCCCCUGGCGUUCCGUUCCUCCCAGGCAAAGCAAGCUCCGAAGCGGUUCCGAGGCGGACCGGCAGCUUUCUCAGUGGGUCUUCUUUUUUUUUUCCUGUCGGGAGGGGCAACCAGGUGUUAGAAUGAUGCUGGGGACCUAUCCUUGCUCAUCUCUUCUCUCUGGAGGAGCAGAAAUGGCUUCUCUGCAACCCGAUCUGGUUGGGGCCAAGCAAUGGAAAGGUGCCGGAUGCUUUGCUCCUUUGGCUGUCUCUUUGAACCUGCAGGGUGUUGUGACUUUUGAAGACGUGGCUGUGUAUUUCACGGAGCAGGAGUGGACGCUGCUGGAUCCGGACCAACGAGCUCUCCACCAGGAAGUCAUGGAGGAGAAUUUAGCCAACCUGGUCUCUCUGGCUGCUGAUAUGAGAGAGAAGAGCUGCGAGGAGGAAGAAGAGGGAGGGAUAUGUUUGGGAAUAGUCAUUGAUAAAAACCGGAAGCACUGCUUAGAAUGCGGAAGGAAUUUUAUUCAGAGUACCACCCUCGAUGAUCAUAUGAAAAUCCACACAGGAGACAGGCCGUUCAAAUGCAUCGAAUGCGGGAAGGACUUUAGCCGGAACACGUACGUGGCCUCCCACAAGAGAAUCCACACCGGGGAGAACCCGUUUAAAUGCUUCGAAUGCGGCAAGAGCUUCAGUCAGAGUACAAGCCUUGCCUCCCACAUGAGAAUCCACACAGGAGAGAACCACUAUAAAUGCCUAGAAUGUGGGAAGAGCUUCAGCCAGAGCACACACCUGGUUUCCCACAUGAGAAUCCACACCGAGGAGGAACUUUUUGAAUCCUUGGAGUACGAGAAUGGCUUCAACCCGAGUCCUAACUUGACAUCCCACAUGCGACUGCCCACCGAGGAGGAGCUAUUUCAAUUUCUGGAAUACGGGAAGAAUUUCAGUCAGAGCACGAACUUGGCCUCCCACAUGAGAAUCCACACCGUGGACAAGUGCAAAUGCGUCGAAUGCGGAAAGUGCUUCCGCUGGAGCUCCCAGCUGGCCUCCCACAUGAGAAUGCACACCGGGGAGAAGCCGUUCAAGUGCAUGGAGUGCGGAACCACCUUCCGGCACAGCGCGUCCCUGGCUUCCCACAUGCGGAUCCACACGGGGGAGAAGCUUUCCAAGUGCUUGGAAUGCGGGAAGUGCUUCAGCCAGAGGUCCAACCUGGCUUCCCACAUGAGGGUCCACACCGGGGACAAACCCUUUAAAUGCCUGGAAUGCGGGAAGUGCUUCCGUCAGACCGGACACCUGACCUCGCACAUGAGAAUGCACACGGGGGAGAAACCUUUCCGGUGCCUGGAGUGUGGGAAGUGCUUCAGCUGGAGCCGAAACCUCCAGCGCCACUGGAGGUUUAUCCACAAGCCGGAAAAGCCAUUUAAAUGCCAGGAAUGUGGGAAAAGCUUCAGUCAGAGCACAGGCCUUAAUUAUCAUAUGAGGAUCCACACUGGGGAGAAACCAUUUCAGUGCUUAGAAUGUGGGAAAAGCUUCCGUUGGAGCUCACAUCUGGCUUCCCAUAAGAGAAUGCACACAGGAGAGAAACCCUUUAACUGCCUGGAGUGUGGGAAGCGCUUCAGUGAGAGCCCGAAUCUUGCUCGCCAUAUGAGGAUCCACACUGGGGAGAAGCCGUUUAAAUGCUUGGAAUGUGGGAAGAGCUUCAGUCAGAGCACGCACCUGGCUUGCCAUCAGAGGAUCCACAAGGGGGAGAAACCUUUUAAAUGCCCCGAGUGCGGCAAGCGUUUUCCGUGGACCUCACAGCUUGCUUCGCAUAUGAGAAUCCACACCGGAGAGAAGCCGUUCAUGUGCCUGGAAUGCGGGAGGAACUUCAGUCAAAGUACUCACCUUGCUUCCCACGUGAGAACCCACACAGGGGAGAAACCCUUCAAUUGCCUGGAGUGCGGUAAGAGCUUCAAUCAGAUCACGCACCUCGCCUCUCACGUGAGAAUCCAUAAAGGGGAGAACCCAUUUACAUGCCUGGAAUGCGGGAAGAGCUUCAGUCAGAGCACGAACCUCGCCUCCCACAUGAGAAUCCACACUGGGGAGAAACCCUUUAAAUGCCUGGAGUGCGGGACGGCCUUCAGGCACAGCGCCUCCCUUGCCUCCCACACAAAAACCCACACAGGAGAGAAGCUGCACAAGUGUGUGGAGUGUGGGAAGAGCUUCAGUCGCAACACAAACCUCGCCUCCCACAUGAGAAUCCACACCGGGGAGAAACCCUUUAAAUGCUUGGACUGCGGGAAGAGCUUCAGCUGGAGCACAAGCCUCAACGCCCACAUGAGGACCCACACGGGGGAGAAAUUGUUUCGGUGCUGGGAGUGAUGAACACGUUUCGGGCACAACACAUUACUUCUUCUUAGGAAAUGUCUUUCGUCCUGGGCGGGUGGUCUUCUUGAGACCCUGGUUGACCUCUGGAAUGGGGAAAGGCCAGGACUGUGAUCCUGAACCAAAAAAGCCACUUGGUUUACCAGGGAACUGGCAGGGAUCAAACGAGUAAGACAUGGCAAGGCGUUUUGCAGACAAUGUCGCUCAGAGGUGUUCUGAGUUAGAUGCUGUAAAGUUAAUGCAGGCCCGAGUGAAUGUAACUUUGGUCCCUACUUGCCCCUGAUUUUCAGUCUCGGCGGGUGAAGGGUGCAGACAGGAUCCUUGGAGAGCUGAUAAUCCUCCCUAUGCAUACUGGAUCCCUGAUGAUAAUUAAAAGGAACAGGUCCAUCCACCAGACCCGUUAGGCACGAAGAGACUGAGGUCCUAGGAUGUCAAAAUGUAUUCCAAAUUAAAAGCCCAACACAUUUUGGCUUAGCCUUUCCUGCCUUCUUCAAGGGCCCUAUUACAUGAAAUAGAACAGAAAUAGCAUGAUUUUUU